CGCCUUUACGAGUCUUGAGUGGGGUUUUCAUCUUUAUCAUGAACAUCGGAUUAAAGGACGCGUGUUUGCGUCUGUUGAUGGAGGUUUUGCUAUAAAUAGGGCUUGUCGCCAUGGUAUAAUCAAAUAAGUAUUUCUGAUCGAGCUUAUAUUGUUUGGGAAUCUGUCUCAAUUGAGUGAGUUUCGUGUGUGUGUGUAUAUUAACUUUAUUAAGAGAGAGAGAGAGAGAGAGAGAGAAAAGAGAGACUAUGGGGAUGUUUUUAAGAAGGGGCUGGAUAGUGGCGUCUGUGUUUAUGUUACUGAUGUCGACUCAAGUGUUGGGAAAAUUAUCUAGCAAAGAUGAUCAUGCCAAGAGCAAACACCGACAUCACAAUAACAAAAGAGACGGUGCUAGUGGAGGUGGAGGUGCUGGAGGUAGUAUCGGAGCAGGAGGUGGUGCUGGCGGUGGCAUUGGAGUCGGAGGAGGCAUAGGCGGUGGUGGUGGUGCUGGUGGAGGUGGUGGUAUUGGAUCCGGAGGAGGGGGUGGAAGUGGUACUGGUGGUAAUGGAGGAAGCUGUGCUGGUGGUCAUGGUGGUGGUGGACGUGGUAGUGGUGGUACUGGGGGAGGUGUAGGUGGAGGUGGUGGCGUUGGAGUUGGAGGGGGAUUUGGUGGUGGUGUAGGUGGAAGCGCAGGUGGAAGCGCAGGUGGAGGUGGAGGCGGCAGUGUUGGUGGAGGAGGACGUGGUGGUGGACGGGGUAGUGGGGGAUCUGGUGCUGGUGGAAUUGGCGGUGGAGGUGGUGGAAGUAUUGGCGCUGGAGGAGGUGUUGGUGGUUCGAUUGGAGGUGGUGGUGGUUCCGGAGGUGGAGUAGGUGGUGGUGCUGGUGGCUUUGGUGGAGGUGGUGUUGGAGGUGGUGGUGGUGCUGGAGGUGCAGUAGGUGGUGGUGCUGGAGGUGCAGUAGGUGGUGGUGCUGGAGGUGCAGUAGGUGGUGGUGCUGGAGGUGCAGUAGGUGGUGGUGCUGGAGGUGCAGUAGGUGGUGGUGCUGGAGGUGCAGUAGGUGGUGGUGCUGGAGGUGCAGUAGGUGGUGGUGCUGGAGGUGCAGUAGGUGGUGGUGCUGGAGGUGCAGUAGGUGGUGGUGCUGGAGGUGCAGUAGGUGGUGGUGCUGGAGGUGCAGUAGGUGGUGGUGCUGGAGGUGCAGUAGGUGGUGGUGCUGGAGGUGCAGUAGGUGGUGGUGCUGGAGGUGCAGUAGGUGGUGGUGCUGGAGGUGCAGUAGGUGGUGGUGUUGGAGGUGGAGUAGGUGGUGGUGCAGGUGGUGGUAUUGGUGGAGGAGGUGGUGGUGGUGGACGUGGUAGCGGUGGAGCUGGCGGUGGAGUAGUAGGUGGAGGAGGAGUCGGUGGUGGAGUUGGUGGAGGAGGCCGUGGUGUUGGUGGUGGAGGUGCUGGCGGUGGUGUGGGAGGUGGAGUUGGCGGUGGUGUAGGGGCAGGAGGUGGAGUUGGCGGUGGUGCAGGUGCAGGCGGUGGAGGUGGUGGUGCAGUGGGAGGUGGUGCCGGAGGAAAUGCUGGAGGAGGAGUAGGAGGAGUAGGCGGUGGUGUAGGAGGUGGAGUUGGCGGUGGUGUAGGGGCAGGAGGUGGAGUUGGCGGUGGUGCAGGUGCAGGCGGUGGAGGUGGAGGAGGAGCUGGUGGUGGUCUAGCGGGUGGAGGAGGAGUCGGCGGUGGUGUAGGAGGCGGAGCAAAUGUUGGUGUAGGAGUUGGAGCUGGAGGUGGUGCAGGAGGAGGAGCUGGUGGUGGUCUAGCGGGUGGAGGAGGAGUCGGCGGUGGUGUAGGAGGCGGAGCAAAUGUUGGUGUAGGAGUUGGAGCUGGAGGUGGUGCAGGAGGAGGAGCUGGUGGUGGUGGUGGUGGUGGCAUUGGUAACCGAAGACAUUAAAUCGGAAAGGGCAGUGACUUAACAAUUUGGUACUCCAUGCACGUUACUUCCAUGCAUGCUUAAUAUUAGUAAUGAAUAAAACAAGUCUUUCGUUGUGUUGCUGAGCAUGACUCGUCUUUUAAUGGCUAUAUCUUUCGUAUGUUGUAAUGCUUUCUGUUUUUGUUAUACCGUUGAUUAUGUCUCUGGAAUCUUCUGUUUCGUUGUAAACUUUGAUGUUCACUAAACUUUUUAUAAUA